AUGGCGACCAUCAAGGCCAUCGAGGCCCGUUCGGUUCAUCAAAUCCAAUCCGGUCAAGUCAUCGUCGAUCUCUGCUCUGUUGCUAAGGAGUUGGUUGAAAACAGUCUCGAUGCCGGUGCCACAUCGAUCGAGGUCCGAUUCAAGAACAAUGGGCUGGACCUGAUUGAGGUGCAAGACAACGGUAGUGGAAUAUCCCCGGAGAACUACGAGAACGUCGCACUUAAACACUACACAUCGAAGCUUUCUUCCUAUGAGGACCUAUCCCGGCUACAGACGUUCGGUUUCCGCGGCGAAGCAUUAUCGUCCCUAUGCGCCCUGUCCGAGUUCCAUGUUGUCACCGCUCAAGCCAACCAGGCUCCCAAAGCCAACCGUCUUGAUUUCGAACCUUCCGGGAAAUUGAAGAAGACACAAAUUGUCGCGGGUCAGAAGGGCACAACGGUAUCAGUGGAGGGAUUGUUCAAGAGACUACCCGUGCGGCGCCGCGAGCUAGAAAAGAACAUCAAGCGUGAAUAUGGAAAGGUGUUAAAUCUUCUUCAUGCGUAUGCGUGUGUCAGCACAGGCGUGCGUUUCAGCGUCAAGAACACUGUCGCAAAGACCCGGAAUGUCGUGGUCUUCUCCACGAACGGUAAUCAGACAACGAAAGAGAACAUCGCCAACGUUUACGGUGCGAAGACGUUACUGGCUUUGAUUCCGCUCGAUCUAACCCUGGAGUUCGAGCCAUCUGUGGCUGGAAAGCGAGCCGCUGUGGAUGGAGAGCGGGAGUUAAAUAAGAUCUUCGUUCGGGGGCAUGUCUCGAGACCUGUUUUCGGGGAAGGUAGGCAAACACCGGACCGUCAGAUGUUCUUUGUCAACUCUCGUCCUUGUGGAUUGCCGCAAAUCGCCAAGGCGUUCAACGAGGUCUACAAAUCUUUCAACGUGUCGCAGUCACCGUUUGUGUUUGCGGACUUUCAUAUGGAUACUAACGCGUACGACGUUAAUGUUUCACCCGAUAAGCGCACAAUUUUACUGCACGAUGCGGGAGUUUUGAUCGAGUCUCUAAAGACGUCUCUUACGCAGUUGUUUGAAUCGUCGGAUCAGACAGUUCCUCAAUCUCAAGUCAACAAUGCUAAGCAGUCAACUACUAAACUACAGCCCGGGAAACUGCAAGACAUUCUAACUCGUAAAUAUUCGUCCGGGGGCGCAGAGGCUGCGGAAGAUGAGAGCUCAGAGCUAGAUGAAAGUCAAGCUAAUGGCAGAAGCAGGCUCAACUCCCAGCAUAAGAUGAGGAGCUUCUUGAGCGAUCUCGGGUCGUCACCUGGUGGUAGAGCGAACAUAUCCUCGUCUCCCCUUCGUAUAGACAAAGAACCUGUGCGUGAUACGACAUCGUUGCCUCCAAAUACGCCUGCUCAACAAAAAUCCGACUCAUUAGGAGAAGACAAUCAACUUUUCGUUACAGAUGAUGAUGUCCAACAUGAAGAGCCAUCUUCGGGUGCAGACGGGAGCAUGCGGCCAGAACGCGCCGCUGAUGGAGGUUCGCAGAUUACUGAUGAUGACGAUGCUCCACAGAGUAGUGCGCCACCAGAUUCGCAGCAGACAAUAAUGCAGGGGCGAGAACCAUCUGAGGAAAUACCCAAUACUAUACAGAAUGCGUUCGACCGAAUGAGGCCAAGACGGACGCCGGCUGAGUUGGCGACGAUCACCAUUGGAAACAAGACCGUGACGUCCAUAGUAGGAAGUGGUCCCUAUCGAAAGCGUGAUAUUGGCCAUGUCGACACUACUAACUCCCCAGCUCGGAAGAGACGUAUACAUACCCCGUCUCGUCCUAGUAUAUUUGGGAAGCACAUGAGGGGCUUUGCAGCUCCUGGGGCUCAGGUAGAGCACAGCGCGAGCAGCGAGGCCGAGGAGGAAGAGGAAGAUUAUGACGAGGAAGAGGAAGCUGAGGACGUGGCCGAUGAAGAGGAGGAAAUCGAAGAUGAUGAGCCUGAGGACGAAUCCCGAUCUCCUGUUCCUUCAGAUCAAGAUAGUGUUCAUUCACAAGAUGAAGCUCUACCCGAGGCGGAGGUCGAGGAUGAACCAGCAAUGUCACAGCAAGAUGCUCCACCCGUGGUAAAACCCUUAAGCGACGAAGAAAAGAAGAAACACGAAGAAGCCGAAGUUCAGCGGCUGAUUCAACAGGCAGAAGAACAGGCUGCCUUGCCACAGGAAAGCAAUAUCAACCGUGCGAACAAGCUGAAUAAGGGCGCUACUCAUCGUGAUUCCACAGUCAACCUAGUGAGCACCAUUGAUGGGUCACUUUCUAGGAUUCAGCUUCAGGCCGACAAGCUUCAAGAAAACCUUCGCUUUCAUGACACGGAUGCUGCACAUUCUCGGGACGAUGAGGCUGAAAAUUCGCAAGAGACUGCUGAGGAGCGGUUGUCGUUGACUGUUUCCAAGGACGAUUUCGGCAAAAUGCGGAUUGCUGGGCAGUUCAACCUAGGAUUCAUUCUAGCCACCCGACCGUCAACCGGUAUCUCGGACUCGGCAUCACCCAGUUCGAAGGAUGAGCUUUUUAUCAUUGACCAACACGCUUCCGACGAGAAGUUCAACUUUGAGCGACUCCAGGCGGAAACCGUGGUGCAGAAUCAACGGCUUGUGCAACCGAAACAGCUGGAUCUGACGGCGGUCGAGGAGGAAAUCGUGAUAGAGAAUCAAUCGGCGCUGGAGAAGAAUGGUUUUGUGGUGGAGAUUGAUGACAGCGGCAAUGAACCGAUUGGCCGCCGGUGUAAACUGGUCUCGCUACCACUGAGCAAGGAAGUCGUCUUCGGCGUGCGAGAUCUGGAGGAGCUCAUCGUCCUGCUUUCUGAGACACCGGCUAGCAGUGCCGCGGGGCCCAUGUAUGUUCCGCGACCGAGCAAGGUGCGAAAAAUGUUCGCCAUGCGGGCGUGUCGGUCCAGCAUUAUGAUCGGAAAGAACUUGUCCCAGAAGCAAAUGACCCGAGUGGUAAGGAACAUGGGCACGAUUGACAAACCCUGGAACUGCCCUCACGGUCGACCGACCAUGCGACACUUGAUGAGCUUGGGACAAUGGAACGAGUACGAUGAGUUCGACGGCGAUGAAGAGAGUGAGUUGGAGGAUCGCCGGUCAUGGACGGAUCCCUUGGCUAUCUGGAAGGAUUACUCCAACGAGAUGACCGGCGAGGGAGAGGAGAGGGAGGGCGGAGAUGAAGAUGAAGAUGAAGCAGAUUAA